CUGUAUCGCAUCUCUUUGCCUAUCUAUAUAUAGUAACACAACCAUAACACUUAAAUUAGUUAUAUAUAGAAAGCAAAUCAUGUCUAUACAAUUAGCUUCUCUUUCAAUCCAAGCACCACAAACUGCUAAGCCUGAAAUCCUUCGGCGCACAGCGAAUUAUCACCCAUGCAUUUGGGGAGAUCAGUUCAUCAACUAUGAUUCUCAGGACACUAUGACUCAGGCCCUUCGGCAAGAGCAGGUUGAUCAACUGAAAGUAGUAGUGAGGAGGGAAGUUUUCAGAAAUACUUCAAGUGACUUUUCACAUCAAAUGAAGUUGAUCGAUGCGAUGCAGCGUCUUGGCGUGGCAUACCAUUUUGAAACGGAAAUAGAAAACGCACUCGAGCAUAUGCAGCAUACAUCUGUCCGUGAUGGUGACUUGUACAAUGUUGCUCUUGGUUUUCGGUUAUUACGAGAACAUGGAUAUAAUGUUUCUUCUGGUAUAUUCAACAAGUUCAAAGAUGCAAAUGGUAACUUCAAAGAAGGCUUAACUUCGGAUCUGCCCGGUAUGUUAAGCUUUUAUGAAGCAACGCAUCUAAGGAUGCAUGGUGAAGAUAUACUAGAAGAUGGUCUCUUUUUCACCACAGCUCACCUUGAGUUUUCUGCAAACGAUGUAAAUCAUGCAUUAGCAGCCCAAAUAACUCAAGCCUUAGAGAGACCUCUACGAAAACAUCCAGAGAGAUUAUAUGCGAGGUCUUACAUGUCAAUCUUUCCAAAUGAUCAUAAAACUUUGCAUCAUGAAGCAGUAGCUUUAUUGAAACUUGCAAAGUUAGAUUUCAAUCUUGUUCAGUCUUUACACAAAAAAGAGCUCAGUGAGAUCACUAGGUGGUGGAAAGAACUAAACUUUGAAAGGGAGUUACCGUUCGCAAGAAAUAGGAUUGUGGAGUUGUACUUUUGGAUAGUGGGAGUAUUUUUCGAACCCCAAUACUCGACGGCAAGACAUUUUUUAACAAAAGGGAUUGCAAUUAUAUCAGUUUUGGAUGAUAUUUACGAUGCAUAUGGUACAUUCGAAGAACUCAAAAUAUUUACUGAAGCAAUUCAAAGGUGGGAUGUCGACUGUAUAGAUGAACUACCAGACUAUAUGAAGAUAUUUUAUCGUACACUGUUCAAUUUUUGCAAUGAAAUUGAGGUGGCGAUGGUAACGCAAGGAACAUCAUACCGAGUACACUAUGCAAAAGAAGUGAUAAAAGCUCAAGCCCGACUAUACUUUGCCGAGGCACAGUGGCUCCAUGAAAACUACAUCCCAAGUAUGGAUGAGUAUAUGCAGGUCUCUGUACGCUCUGUUGGAAACACUUUGCUUUCGACUAUAUCUCUAGUUGGCAUGGGAGAUAUUGUAACCAAAGAGGCAUUUGAGUGGUUGGCAAAUGACCCUAAAAUCCUUCGAGCUUCGAAUAUCAUUUUUAGGCUCAUGGAUGAUCUCGUUUCCAGCAAGUUUGAGAAAGAGAGAGAACACAUUUCUUCUAGUAUUGAUUGCUACAUGAAGCAACAUGGGGUCUCAGAGAAAGAAACAGUUGUUGUCUUCAACAAAAAAGUAGCAGAUUCGUGGAAGGAUAUAAACGAAGAGUUUCUUAGACCAACUGAUGUUCCAAUGCCUGUGCUUACUCGGAUUCUUAACCUAACUAGAGUAGUUGAUCUCCUUUACAAAGGGGAGGAUGAGUACACCCGAGUGGGAAAAGUGAUGAAAGAUGGUGUUGCCUCACUGCUAAUUGAUCCGGUACCAUUGUGAGGAUGACCUUUGUGAUUAAACAUUGAUGUCCUACCCCUAUCCAGUUGUUGAUUGGCUUUAGCCCCUUUUAAAAUAUGGAAUAUGGGAAGCAGUUUGUUGGUGUACUUUUGCAUGGCUUUUGAUGGCCUUAUGGU